AUGGAAAGCUGUAAUCCGGCUUCGACGCCAAUGGAACCAGGAACAAAACUGUCAAAAUUUGAUGGAGGAGAACGUGUCGAAGCAGGAAAAUAUCGAAGUUUGGUAGGAAGUCUUCGCUAUCUCACAUAUACAAGACCAGACAUCCCAUUAAGUUUAGGUAUUGUAAGUCGAUUCAUGGAGGAGCCAGUUUACACACAUUGGAAAGCAUUGAAGCGAAUUCUGAGGUACAUCCAAGUAACAGUGUCACUUGGGAUGUUUUACUCGAAUUCAGACAAAUACAAGUUGGUUGGUUACUCUGACAGUGAUUGGUGCGGAGACAUAGACGAUCGAAAAAUCACUUCUGGAUAUGUGUUCUUCAUGGGAAAUACUGCAUUCACUUGGCUUUCUAAAAAGCAGCCAAUAGUAACACUUUCGACAUGUGAAGCAGAAUAUGUAGUAGCAUCCUGGUCAGCAAUUGAGUUAGCAAAGAAUCCAGUAAACCAUGAAAGGAGCAAACACAUUGACGUUCGCUUCCACUUCAUUCGAGAACACGUGAAGGAAGGAAAUGUCGAAUUGAAGCAUGUAGCAAGUAAGGACCAAGCAGCAGAUAUUUUCACAAAACCAUUAUCAAAGGAAAUCUUCGACAGAGGCAAGAAGUUGAUAGGCAUGAUGAAUAGAAGAAACAUUUAA